GACCUUUUUUCCAUCCCUUCGUAUUUCAGCUUCCCACCUCGACUCUAAGUUCUCUCUCUCUCUAAAAGCAAAAAGAUGCUCAGCAUGAAGAAAACCGUGAGGUCCUACAGUAGCCAGUCCUCAGUGGGUGUAAGCAACAAGAGCUUCUCCUCUCGUAGCGCCGUUUCCAGUGGAUCGGCAGGUGCAGUCGGGGGGUUCAAGGUUGUUGGGUACAAAACUGCUUCUGGAAUACGUGGGGGCAGCCUGGAGUUUGGAUAUGCGGUAGGGAUGGGGUCAAGAGAAGGCUGGGGUUCUGCCCCCACUAUCUGUCCUCCGAUCACAGCCGUAACGGUUAAUAAAAGUCUCCUUGCGCCUCUGAACCUCGAAAUUGAUCCCAGCAUCCAAGCCAUCAGGACGCAGGAGAAAGAUCAGAUCAAGACCCUCAACAACCGCUUUGCUUCGUUUAUUGACAAAGUGCGCUACCUAGAACAGCAGAACAAAAUGCUGGAGACCAAAUGGUCUCUUCUGCAGGAACAGACCAGCAGUCGGUCCAACGUUGACGCUAUGUAUGAGAAUUACAUUGCAAGUCUGCGCAGACACCUAGAUGGUCUGGGCCACGAGAAGAGCCGCCUGGAGUCUGGCUUACAUGACAUAACUGGCUUGGUUGAAAACUUCAAGAGCAAGUACGAAGAGGAAAUCAGCAAACGAAAUGACAGUGAAAAUGACUUUGUAUUCCUUAAAAAGGACGCUGAUAAGGCAUAUCUGAAUAAAGUGGAGCUGGAAUGUAAAUGGGACAGCUUAACAGAUGAGCUCAACUUUCUUAGACAGAUUUAUGACGAGGAAAUUCAUGAGCUCCAGCGUCAGGUCAAGGAUACAUCAGUGGUUGUGGAGAUGGACAACAGUAGAGAUUUGGACAUGGAUGCAAUAGUUGCCGAAGUCCGUGCUCAGUAUGAGGAGAUUGCCAACCGUAACCGAGCUGAGGCUGAGAGCUGGUACAAACACAAGUAUGAAGAAAUGCAGCUGUCGGCCACCAAACAUGGAGAUGACUUAAAAAGCUCAAAAGCUGAAAUUGCAGAGUACAAGCGCAAUAUUGCACGCAUACAAUCCGAGAUGGAAGCUAUUAAAGGGCAGCAUUUAAAACAUCAGACUCAGGUCACCGAGGCAGAGGAGCGGGGUGGAAAGGCUGUGAGAGAAGCGAAACUUCGUCUCCAGGAGCUUGAGGCGGCUUUACUGAGAGCGAAACACGACAUGGCCCGUCAAGUGCGCGAGUACCAGUCAUUAAUGAACAUCAAACUGGCUCUUGACAUUGAGAUCGCCACCUACAGGAAACUCUUGGAAGGAGAAGAGAGCAGGUUGUAUAGGUCCCACAAUGUCUCCAUCUCUAAACAGAACUCCUAUGACCUUGAAAGCAGACGCCUUGCAAGAGUCUCAUCUCAAAGUGCUGGGCAAGAUGUUCUCGACGUGGGUCUGCUUAAACAGGAACUCGUAGUUGCUAAGGGUGACGGUGGCAUUUUAACAAAUGAGAGUUUUAAAGCUGCCAGCAGUUUAACCAGCAGCAGUGCCACCAUUACCAAAAGCACAAAGACCACCAUCGUCACCAGUGAGAAGAAACUCGUAGCUUCUGAGGGACACGUGGAAGUAACAAAUACAUCUGCUAGCAUACAAGAGAGGAAGGUUUCUGAAUAACCGAUGAACUGAUGAAUUAAUGUGCAGGGCUGUUGGUUAAAUUCGAACAGAAGAACACGUUUUGGAUGGGUUGCACCCGUUUCUCACUUAAGCCUGAAAAAAAUGAUUCAUUCAAUUUACAAAUUUUUUUUAGUUAAGUGAUCGCAAACAAUUUAUUUAAGCUAAAUUUAAACAAAAAAUUGAAAAACAAAACAAAAAGCUUUUGUUAAAAUGUAGCACAAAAAAUGUAUUGCAACCACUUACCUUAAAAAAUUUAGUAAAUUGAAUUAAUAAUUUUUUCAGUGCAGGACAAAUUUUGCUGUUGCCCUACUUGUGCACUCCAAAUUCAUUUACAUAUAAUUAUAUUAAAUGCUUUAUAAUAGUAGAAAAAAAAUAUUUAUAUGAUGGACAGUGUCUAAGCUGUCAUCUUUCAAGAAGUACACAUUUGUACCUAAAGGGUGAAUAUGUAAAAAUUCCAUAUUGUAAUUAAAAUUUUAAGUUUAAACAAUUUAAAAAUUACAAUUAAUCAACUUUCUUAACUAUUGCGGAAUUGCUAUACAUGUUUUAAAUAAAGUUUAAAUAACUUAAAGGGCACCUAUGGCCUUUUUACAAGAUGUAAUAUAAGUCUCAGGUGUGUCCAGAAUGUAUCUGUGAAGUUUCAGCUCAAAAUACCCACAGAUCAUUUAUUAUAGCAUGUACAAAAUGCCCCUAUUUGCGUUGGAGCAAAAGCACGCUUUUUAAUGUUCUCUGUACCUUUAAAUGCAAAUGAGCUACAGCUCCUCACUUCCUUACAAACAGACAGUGAGCACUUUCAGUUAAAAUAGAUCUGAUUAAUACAGUCUGAGACAAUAGUAUCUAGUGGACAGAGUACAAUUUGCUGAGGUUGGAAGCUAUGGUAAUGCAAGACUGUAAGUGGGCGGGGUUUAUCGGUGUGACCUCACAUUGAUAAGAAAAUCAAAACGGCAUGUCUAAUGAGCUUUGGUUUAAUGAGGAUUAAAAAACAAGUAUCGGGUGGAUUUUUUUUCAUAGGGUUGUUGUGUUCACACACACACUCUUAGAACGGAUGUGUUAAAAACAACACAUUAGUGUUGAUUCUGGGACAACGCACUAAAUGCGUUGUCCCAGAAUCCACCCAUCUUUGUGUUAUUAUUGAAACAAAACUUUUUGUGUUAAGCUUUUAACACAUUAUGUGUAAUUUUAACUCAUUA